AACAUAUGAAGAUCUUGGUUGCUACAGUUGGAAACCAGAGAAUUUAUAUUUUCUUUUUUCCCCCCCUCUAGAUUUUCAACUGAAUUCUCACCUAUCAACACUGGCAAAUAUUCACAAGAUUUACCACACCCUCAAUAGGCUGAAUCUGACAGAGGACGUUGGUCAAGACGAUCACCAGACAGGAGAGAGACUUUCAAAGAUACGAAGAAUAGGAAGUCUCCGGUCUUGCAGUUCAUCAGACUGCUUUAGUAAAGUGAUGCCUCCAAGGAAAAAGAGGAGACCUGCAGCAGGAGAUGAUUUAUCUGCUAAGAAAAGUAGACAUGAUGGUAUGUAUAGAAAAUAUGAUUCAACUAGAAUAAAAGCAGAGGAAGAAGUCUUUUCAAGUAAGAGAUGCUUAGAAUGGUUCUAUGAAUACGCAGGCACUGAUGAUAUUGUAGGGCCGGAAGGUAUGGAGAAAUUUUGUGAAGACAUUGGAGUUGAACCAGAAAAU